AUGACGAGUCCCUGCACUUUCUUUUAUGAAAAGCUUGUUCUGGUCACAGGUGGAGGCGGCGGUAUCGGGAGGUGCGUCAGCCAAGCACUGGCCAGCGAAGGAGCACGGGUCAUGGUUGCCGACAUAAACCUCGAAGCGGCGGAAGCGACGGUGCAGUGUCUCCCAGGUGAUGCUGGGCAUCAUGCAAUCAGGGUCGACGUUGGAUCCUCAGAGUCCGUGAAUGCAAUGUUUGUAGACAUCAAGGAGACCUGUCAGCGGCCUGCAACCAUUGUGGUUCACUGUGCUGGUGUGGGGCCUGCUUUGUGCCCCUUCGUUUCCCUGGAAGAAGAAUCCUUGGAUAAGGGGAUGUGCAUCAAUCUGAAGGGCACUUUCCUGGUCAAUCAAGCAGCCGCUUGUGCGAUGAUAGCGGGAAAAGCCACCGAAUGCGCUAUCGUUAAUCUGGCAAGCAUGGCGGCCAAAGCAUUCGUACCUGGAACGAGCGUGUAUUCCGCCGCCAAGGCCGGAGUGGUGGCCCUGACUCAAGUGGCCGCUGCGGAGCUGGCCGCACACGGCAUUCGGGUCAACGCCGUCUUGCCAGAAGUCGUGGACACGCCAAUGGCUGACACGUCAUACACCGCCCAGCAGAUAGCCAGGAUGGUCGCCCGUCAGCCCCUUGGGAGACUCUGUCGCCCGGAGGAAGUGGCGGAGACGGUCAAGUUCCUCUGCGGUCCCGGCACCUCGUGCACCAGCGGCGUUUGCGUCGACGUAACCUACUGUUUUUACAAGAUUGCUCUCGUGGUGGUGGUGUCAUCGUCGGUGUCCCUCACGGUGCUGUGCGUUCUGUGCUGCCGAAGGCCGCGCAAGGCUACCAUCGUCUGCCUAUCCGCGGCCGCGUUGCCGGCUGCGGCACUCAGAACUUCUCAAGACGCCCAGGGUAUCAUCCACCCAGACGUGGCCUUCUAUGCAACGCAGGAGUCCACGGGUGCCUCGCUGUCGGCGCCCAGCGCUUACAGUAGCGAGUCUCGAAUUUCUUCUCCGCGGCUCGUCACGCCGCUCAGGCCGCUGAGUCCUGCUUACCAGCCCACGCAGCCGGUCAGCGUCCGCACCACACCUUGCCACCGAGCGAGUGACGUUGCAGAACUAACGCUCCCGCCAGGCUACAUCGCCCAGAGAGACGCCAAGAUGGCCUCCUGA